AUGCGAUACUUACCUGAAAGUCAUUUGGAACGAAAAACAAACGACAGAAGAAUCAAUUUACGAAUGACUCAUUUUCAGCCUGAAGAUGGCGUUGUUGUAGAAGACGAUGAUGAGUUAUUUGAAUUUGUCGCAAAUAUCACAGCAAGAAUAAUUCCAACAACAAUUAAAAGCAAUGUUGCUCCAAUAGCCAAACAUAAACAUUUACGUCUAUUGCAACCUCGACAUAAACUGGGCUAA